UCCAUCUCUCUCUAUACCCCCACUAAGAAGCCUGACCAUCUCUCUCUCUCUCUCCAUCAAUACUGCCAUUAACAAGCUGCCUCCUACAGAUACCAGCUCUCUCUCUCUCUCUCUCCAUCAAUACUGCCAUUAACAAGCUCCCUCCUACAAAUACAAGCUCUCUCUCUCUCUCUCUCUGAGGCUUUCGCCCCUUGAUGAUCGCUGUUUAGAAUGGCUGGUAAACAGGCGAAUCCCCUGAGCUCAGAGGCCCAUCCACUCCCCAUAACCCACAAAUCCUUUCUCUUAUCUCAAAUUAUUGUGAGGUCCAUUGCGGCAAUCACCUCCUUAUCUGCAACUAUCCUAAUGGUUACAGACAAACAGUCAAUCUCUCUCUUCGGUCUUCCCAUCACUGCUAAAUAUACAUACGCUCCGGCGUUUAGGUUUUUUACAGCAUCGAAUAGUAUUGCAUUUGCGUAUUCGGUGCUAUCCUUGACCUACCUUCUGUUAAAGAAGGCCCAAGGUUCGGGUCAAAAAAUCGGAUUCUUCGUGUUCUUACUCGACCUGAUAAUGGUGGUCGUGGUAAUGGCGGGAUCAUCAGGUGCAACAGCAAUGGCAUGGUUGGGGAAAUACGGGAACCCUCAUACUGGGUGGCUCCCCAUUUGUGGCACCUUCAAAAGCUUCUGCUUCCGUGCUGCUUUCUCUCUCUCCCUCUCAUACGUAUCCUUCUUCGCUCUCUUUCUCCUCAUCCUUCUCUCUCGUAACAAAAACACGCAAUAAUCGCAUGUUACAUCAAACUAUUUAUGUCUCUCAUCUUUAUCUCAUGAAGGAAAUAUUAAGAGAUAGAAGAAUAAAAGAUUAUCUCUGAAGGAAGUAUUAAGAGAGAGAGAGAAAAGAAGAAUAAAAGAAUGAAGAGGGAGAAAAUAUGAUAAACCAAAUCCUCAGUGAUACGUGUGGGGAUAUGCCAUCAAUAAUGCAUGAGGCUUUGUCCUCCUUCAAUUCAAGUCAAGUCAAGAAUAUCCAAUCAUAGUAACUCAAUUAGUUUUUUUCCUUUUUUUGUGUAGCUUGUGUCUUCUUCCUAUGUUUUCUCGAAAAUUAUGUGAUUCCUGUUUUAUCAUUCCAUUAGCAUCUUUACUGA